AUAUAUUCAAUUAUUCUGUGACCACAUCUGCAAUUUCCCAUCUACGAUAUUGGGAAUAUUGGGGCUCGAGAACUAUCAAGACAGAGAAACAGAAAAUGAAGCCAACGCCGGCGGAGCUCUACGUUGAGAUGGAAGAUCAAGCGUCGACGAUGGAGAUGGAUGUCGAUGACGCUGAAGCACUAGAUAUCUUCAGAGAAGGUCCGUUAGACACCGCCGACCACCACCGUCUCACCGAUUCCGAUUUCUUCAACUCAUUCGAAGACGAUUUCAAUGAUGCCGACAUCAACUGAUGCUAAUGUUUCGGUUGGUAAAUGGUAACAGUUUCGAUGUUGUUGUUUCCUUUAGCUCUACUUGUUGUAUCUAUGGCAAAUCUGCUCCUUAAUCCAAUCCGAAUUAAGCUGUUGUAGUUUGUGAGCUACAUUUUCUACUCCAAUCUGUUACUUAAAUCAGCAUCCUGUUUCUCUUA